AUGUCGCAAACUUCUGUUAAAAGCGACAGCUCGAUCCGAUCCUCCAUUUGUGACCCGUUAGAUGCGGCUCUCGACAAAGUAGCUAACUGGAAGCAGGAAGAAAUUCCUUCACUUCCAGUUUUAUCGGACGAAGAACUUUCGAUUACAUCUGCGCCGGAAUCACCACUAUCGGAGGCACUGGAAAAAGGAAAACCCAGCCUGCUUUUUAACUCCAACAGGCGACUGGGGGUGGAAAUGGAUAUAGCAACAAAAUAA